AAGGCAUACAAGUUCAUGUUUUCAUCCACCCGGACAAAGGAGAAUGGGGAUCCUACACCCAAAAGAAUGAAGACUCGACAGAAUAAAGACUCCAUGUCAAUGCGGAGUGGUCGGAAGAAGGAGACUCCGGGGCCCCGCGAGGAGCUCAGGACAAGGGGCCGGGCCUCCCCAGGUGGCGUCAGCACCUCCAGCAGCGAUGGCAAAAGCAGAAAAUCCCGACAAACCACCAAGAAGGGCCGCGUGGAGGAAUCCAUGGCCCCCAAAGGAAACAAGCAGGGCCGGACCGAGGAGAUUUCAGAGAGCGAAGGAGAGGACACCAAUGCCCCAAAGAAAACUAACAACGGAGGUGGGAGCUGCUCGCGGCCUCAGUCUCCUUCCGAUGUCGACAGCCUCGACGGCCACAGCUUCAACGACGAGACGAGCAGCGACCCCCGCGACAUUGACCAGGAUAACCGGAGCACUUCUCGCGUCUACAGCCCCGGCAGCGUGGAGAACGAUUCGGAUUCCUCCUCCGUGCUCUCCCAGGGGCCGCCCCGCUCGUAUCACCACCCUCCGCUCUUCCCCCAGAGCCCCUCGCCGGCCCCCCUGCCCGAGGGCCUGGCUCGUCCCCCGAACCAAACUUCGGUUUUAACAGGGGAGGUUCAUCCUCCAGGCCCCGCAGGCGGCUACCCGUCCCAACUAGAAGCCCAGACCUCGAGGGUUUUUAGGCCCAGGCGCCCCCCUGCCGCCAUUCCCUCCACCAACUCUUCCUCUUCUCCUUCUUCCUCCUCUUCUUCCUCCUCCUCCUCCUCCAGCACCCACGUUCCUCUCUACCCGAGUGCCAACGUCGUCCAGAUGGGGCCCAAAGCUGCCAGCGCAGGAACGGGCGUCCUGGCCCCGGGUGGCCGCGAGCCGUCCCUCGGUUCCAAGCACAACCCGCCCCCGACGACCCCUAUCUCCCUUGCCGCUGUUGCAGGCGGCGUUCCCCCUCAGAAGACCCCCCCGAACAACCCCCCCUCUGCCCCUCCUUCCUCCGCGGCCGCUUUCCCUCACGUCUUAGCCAACUUGCCGCCCCCUCCUGCUCUGCGCCCGCUGAACAACAUGGCCACCACCUCCAGCUCCCCGGGGAUGGUGGGGCAGGCGUUGAGCGGCCACCUUCCGUCGCCCCACGGCAUGGGGCAGGAUAAGUCGCCCGCCCCAUCGCGCUACCCCUACGCCCCCCCUCCACCGCCACCGCCCAGCUCUUCUGCCCAGUACCCCCUCCCUCCGCCCUCCCAGGCGCUGCCCAGCUACAACUCCUCGUACGGGACAUUCGUUCCCCCGCCCAGCAGCCUUUCCGUUUCCAGCCAGCCCCCCAAAUACACCCAGCCCUCCAUGCCCUCGCAGCCCGUGUGGAGCCAAGGCCCGCCGCCGUACAGCGCCCCCCUGGGGAACCGCCCGCCGCCGCCCACCCCCGCCUCCUCCUUCCCCGGCCAGGCUGCCCAUCACCAGCCGCCGCCGCCGCACCAUCACAACCACGGCGGUGGUGCGGGGCUGUCUCCUGCAGCGGCCGCCCCGUCCCAGGCGUCCGGAGGGUACCCCCACACGCUGGAGCCCGGUUCACAUCACCCAUCCCACGCUGCGUACGGGCUGCGUCUCUACCCCCCCCACACGCAUGCCACAUACAGUCAGGCCCCCUCUGCAUCUUCUUCUUCCUCUUCCUCCUCCUCUUCCUCCUCCUCCUCCACCUCCUCCUCUUCUUCCUCGUCCUCCCAGGGGACGUACCCCGGAGCCUGCAGCCACCCCCAAGGGCAGAACGCCGCCCCCUAUGCCUUCCCUCCGCCCCCUCCCCCUUCGCCCGCACACGGGGCCGGGGCCCCAGUCACCUCCGCCUCCGUCACCCUCUCCACCGUCAUCACCACCAUGGCCUCCUCCUCGGCAGCCCCCUACAAGACCGCAUCGCCUCCGGUGGGGCCCCCUCCCGCGGCCCCCUACGGGAAGCGGACGGCUUCGCCCUCUCCCACCUUCCAGCCCCCCGCACCCUACAAGCCGGGCUCUCCCUCCUCGUCCUCCGCUUCCUCUUUCCGCACGGCCACCCCGCCGGGCUACAGGCUGGCCUCUUCCCCAGCGGCCAGCGGCUACAAGGCCGCCUCGCCGGCCCCGAUGCCCCCUCCGGCCCCUGCCAGCUUGCCUGCCCCUCCCCCGCCCCUGCCCCCACUGCCUCUCACCGCGGCCCAGAUCAAGCAGGAGCCUUCGGAGGACUACGAGCCCCCGGAGAGCCCGAUGCCCCCCGUCCGGAGCCCCUCGCCAGCCCCCAAAGUUGUGGAUGUUCCAAGUCAUGCCAGCCAGUCAGCCAGGUUCAACAAACACCUGGACCGUGGCUUCAACUCCUGCUCACGGACGGACCUCUACUUUGUGCCCUUGGACGGCUCGAAACUGGCCAAGAAGCGGGCAGACCUGGUGGAGAAGGUGCGCCGAGAGGCAGAACAGAAGGCCCGGGAAGAGAAGGAGCGUGAGAGAGAGCGGGAACGGGAGAAAGAGCGGGAACGGGAGAAGGAGAGGGAGCUGGAAAGGAGCGUGAAAGUGGCCCAAGAGGGCCGGCCGGUGGAAUGCCCGUCCCUUGGCCCUAUCGCUCACCGCCCGUCCUUUGAGCAAGGCAGCGCGGUGGCGACCGUCCCGCCCUACCUGGGCCCCGACACUCCGGCCCUGCGCACCCUCAGUGAGUACGCACGGCCCCACGUCAUGUCCCCGAGCAACCGCAACCACCCCUUCUACGUGCCGCUGGGGGCGGUCGACCCGGCACUGCUGGGCUACAACGUGCCGGCCAUCUACAGCAGCGACCCGGCCACGCGGGAGCGAGAGCUGCGGGAGCGGGAGGCCCGGGAACGAGACCUCAGGGACCGCGACCUGCGCGAGCGCCUCAAGCCCGGCUUCGAAGUCAAGCCAGCCGAGUUGGAUCAGCUCCACGCCGUUCCCGGCGCCGCCAUGGAUCCCUUCCCGCGUCACGGGGGGCUGGCGCUGCAGGCGGGCCCAGGCCUGCACCCCGCUUUCCCCUUCCACCCGGGGCUGGGCCACCUGGAGCGGGAGCGGCUGGCACUGGCGGCCGGGCCAGCUUUGCGCCCCGACAUGUCCUACGCCGAGCGGUUGGCCGCGGAGAGGCAGCACGCCGAGAGGGUGGCCGCCCUGAGCAACGACCCCCUGGCUCGGCUGCAGAUGCUGAACGUGACUCCCCAUCAUCACCAGCACUCCCACAUCCACUCCCACCUCCACCUGCACCAGCAGGAUGCCAUCCACGCAGCUUCAGCCUCUGUCCACCCUCUUAUUGAUCCGCUGGCUUCUGGGUCGCAUCUCACCCGGAUCCCCUACCCCGCUGGUACCAUCCCCAAUCCGCUUCUUCCACACCCGCUCCACGAAAAUGAAGUCCUGCGCCACCAGCUUUUCGCUGCCCCCUACAGAGACCUGCCCGGCUCUCUCUCUGCCCCGAUGUCUGCGGCCCAUCAGCUUCAAGCCAUGCAUGCGCAGUCGGCGGAGCUGCAGCGCCUGGCCCUGGAGCAGCAGCAGUGGCUGCAUGCUCAUCACCCUCUGCACGGAGUGCCGCUCCCCACGCAGGAGGAUUACUACAGUCACCUGAAAAAAGAAAGCGACAAGCCCCUUUAAGCGGACCCCGCUCCCCCCCUGCUGCGACUUCAUCACGCCGUCUCCUUCUCCGAAAGC